AUGGCCGUCCAAAAAUUCAUAACCACACCAAUUUUGAUUGUUCUAAUGACCCUUUUCUUCAACGCAUCAUCAUCAUCAUCAUCAUCUAAUGGUGUUAGAUCUGCAUAUUGGCCUGCAGGUGGUGACUUUUCACCUUCUUCAAUCAACACAAACUACUUCACUCAUAUUUUGUAUGCUUUCAUUCAACCCGAACCUGUUUCAUUCAACCUUAUUAUCACCAAAUCCGACCAAAAAUGGGCCCACAACUUCACCAAUGAACUCCGCCGCCAUUCUCCGCCGGUGAAAACUCUUUUAUCCAUCGGAGGUGGUGGAAGCAACUCAAGCCUCUUCUCUGAAAUCGCUAGCACAAAACAAAACAGACAAGUCUUCAUAAACUCAACAAUCCACGUGGCACGAAAAUACGGGUUCGACGGCGUUGACUUGGAUUGGGAAUUUCCUCAAAAUCAAAAUGACAUGUUUAACCUCGGUUUGUUAUACGAGGAAUGGUAUCAUGCUUUGUUUGCCGAAGCUAAGGUUGGGAGAAAGCCACGUUUACUUUUGACUUCCGCUGUUUAUUAUAAUUCCACGAUUAGACUUAUUGGUAAUGGGCCUAGAUCAUACCCGGCCCAAGCCAUCAAUAAAUACUUAGACUGGGCCAGCCCAAUGUGUUUUGACUAUCACGGCUCAUGGGCUAACAACACGGGCUUCAACGCUGCUUUGUAUGACCCGAAGUCCGAAAUCAAUACACAUUUUGGAAUCGGGUCAUGGAUCAAAGCAGGUGUACGGCCCGAAAAGUUGGUUAUGGGCUUAGCGCUAUACGGAAGGACGUGGGAACUUAAGAAUCCGAGUGUUAAUGGAGUCGGAGCGGAAGCGGUGGGGCCCGCAGUCGAUACCGAUGGGAGUAUGAAUUAUGUUGAGAUUGUGAAGUUUAAUCAAGAGAAUGGUGCUAAUGUUGUGUAUGAUAAGGUUGCUGUGUCUUUCUAUUCUUACGCGGGAAGCACUUGGAUUGGGUAUGAUGAUGGGCUUUCUAUUAGGAUUAAGGUUGGGUUUGCUAAGUCAUUGGGCUUAAAGGGCUAUUUCUUUUGGGCUCUUGGGAAGGAUAAGGGUUGGACCAUCUCAAAACAAGCUUCAAAUACAUGGGGACACUGA